UGAUGUCACUGGAACAGAACUUUAUGACAUCAUAGCAGAUAGAGACUUCAUAAAAUAUAUGUACCCAGUUUGCCUUUAGAGAGUAGUUGAACAAAAUAAACAGGCCAAUAAAGAAGCACUCCAAAUGCUGACAUAGUCCAAAUGUAAAGCUAUCUGCAUGCCUGAGGAGAGGCACUGGCUGGAUAUCAUAUUCAGUAGGAAUCAGGCCACAAAAAUAUUCAGCCAACCCAAACGUGAUACUUGAUAUUUUGGAUACUUAUUGAGAAACUACUUGAUCAGUUAUUUCUUCUAUGACCAAGAAUGGAGCAGACGUGAUGAACUAAAUACAAGAUGGGUAAAACUCAGAGGCCAAAGAGUACAAGUACAUCCAGCAGCAAGACAUCUGGGACCACAGCCAGUGGCAGUGUGCCAUACACAGAUUCUCUGAGAUCACAGUGCAGCAGUCUAGAGGAUGCUUUAGUGCAAGAAUACAUUAAAGAGAUCAAUAGAGGUUCCCCAUCUACAUCACAGCGAUUGCCGAGAAAAUGUAGAUCGCCAUAUAAAAUGGGAAACCGUAUGCGUAUGCAAAGUGGAAAACCAUCUUUCCGAUCUACAGUUGGAUUUCAUACUUGCCCACAGAGCAGACGAGCAAGAUUUCAAAACUCAUUUGAAAGCUGCAGCAAGAUUUCAGCCUGUAAAAGCAAUAUUUCAACUCAUAAAAUGAAAUGCAGACUUCGGCUCCCAAGGAUCAAAAGAUGCUUGAGUGCUCCCCCUGGAACAAUUAGGAAGGUACAUUCUUCAUUUUCUUCAAGGAUGCUGACAGCUCAUAGAGAUGGCAAACAAAAGCCACUCUUUAAACGUCAGGAGUGGAUCAUAAAAGUGACAGCCUUCAAGAAUGGGACACAUAAUAACCCUACAAAAAUUGCAGUUCCUAGCAUCAAAAUGUUACUGGAGGAGUGCACAAUAAAACUCGACCUGAACUCAGCUGCACGGAGAGUAUUUCUUUCAAAUGGCCGAGAAGCAUUUGAGUCAAAGGACAUUCCUCAUAACGUUGACGUUUAUAUUUCAAAUGGCGAACCGUUUAUGGAUCCAUUUAAAAACAUGAAAGACCAUCUGCUCUUGACCAAAAGGGUGAGUUGGACUAUGAAAGGGGUAGUGCUUCCUGUUGACAAGCAGCAUGGCAAGACAAAGCCUAUUCUCUCAAACCGUCUGAAGAAACUCACUGAAAAUGGUUCUGUCAGAAUCCUGGUUUUUAGAAAUGGCACAGGGCAGGAUGGGUAUGAAAUCAUCACACCACUGGACGAAAAACAACAGUUUUUAGACCAAUGCACUCUAAAGAUCAAAUUAGCAUCCCCAGCAAGGAUGUUGUAUGACUGGCAAGGAAAUCGAAUCUCUGACCUCAGAACAGUUCCAUUGCUCGACAAAUGCCUGCAGAAUUCCUUCACACCUCUGCGUGGACCUGUCUGGGUCUCCAAAGGGGAAGGGUUCAUUCCGUCAGGAGCUAAGGCAUACAUCCAGGGAAUCAUAUGGGCUAUAAAUCAAAAGCUGAAGCCUGCAUGGAAUUACAGUAAGCAGGUAUAUCAUGCCUUGAAUGGAUGCACAGGAAAGGUCACACACAAAAGCCUCCUCUCUAUGACUACAGGAGAACUGUAUAAAAUAAGUGAAAAUCUGGACAACUUGAUUGAUGAACUGCGAGCUACUAUCAAGAAAUAUAAUAGUCAGCUCAGCAAACUCAGCCCACAAUUACAAGCUGAAAAGGGACAUUGCAGUGGCUUUGUGACACAGCACAUUAAAAAGCUUCCAACAAACAGCACUCUCUCAAAAGGUCUGCAGAUAAAAGUGUAUCGAAAUGGUCUGGACAUAGGAGAGGUCGUCAUGUAUAUUAACAUGAAGAGCAUUGAUAAAGACACUGGCAAUGACAAAUUUAUGAUGGAUAAGUUUCUUCAAAUGAUUCGCCAAAGGCUCCAGUAUUCACCAGGGCACCAUGCUUCAGGGCUCAAUCUUUGUCCAACCAGGUUGUUUGAUGAAAAUGGACAAGAAAUAAAAAAUCCACACUCCCUUGAAAAUGGUCAGAAGGUUUGGGUAUCUUACGGAGAGGAAUACAGGACCAUCAGCAAACCUUUUCUUUGUGUGAAGUUUGACCGGGUACGAGGAUAUAUGGACCAGGAUCAGAAGAUGGUUUACAAAACUCCUUUGGAAUAUGAUGGGCCCUUAACUGGUUUGGAAAAGUGGGAGGCUUGGGAAGUGUGCGCGGGGUUCCCUGAAGAUUAUAACUGGAUACAAAUGAAUCAACCCUCACAUGAAAAAGUGAACAUGAUAAAUAAACAUCACUUUCUUCAAUUAAAGAAAGAUACCCAACUAGUCAUAUAUCCUUCGAUCACUGUGGAAAACAGGAAUGAGAAUACUACUUCUAUUACAGUGGAAGAAAAGAAAUCCAAGACUUCAAUGGGAGUGUCAAAAUGGUUUUCAUCCCACAUUUGGGUUAUUGCAAAGGCUGGAAUGAUCUUGUGUCGUGCUCACCCUCAACUUUGCCUCGCUGUUAGUGACCAACAAAUCAUCUUGAAGAACGACGACCGUCUGAAUUUGAAGGGAUACAAAUUAGUUGUGCAGAAAAGAAUGAAGCAGAGUCCGCAACAACAGUGGACGUUUAAUCCAGCUGGUAACAUUAACUCAAUGGCCUAUCCUGAAAUGGUCCUCACAUAUCUUGGUGAACUGAGAAGGAGGUCAGAAAUGGGGCAGUCAGUGCACCAGGUCUCUACAAAUAGUCCCGGGAAGGGUAGUCACAAACAAGUUAGCAGGGCCUUAGAAGUCCAAUUAAUAUCUGGAGCAUCCCCUGAGGAUGAUACACAGCUGACUGUGGCACUGUUAAAGAAACUGGAAGAGAAACACCCCUGGACUCCAGCCCAGAGGUGGGCCAUCAAGCAGGAAGGGACUGCAAAACCAGGUCAAUGGAAGAACUCAAAACUGGACAACCCUUUGUGGAACAAACUCACCUACAUGUGGCCUGUGAUGCCGGAUGGUAGAUUGAAUGAGGAAUACGAUUGGCCAAUUGAAGGGUCCCUUCUCCCCAAUGCUCCACCACUGACCAAGCCAAUAACGAAGACUCAUGGCGUAUACGCACCCGUGAGAUUAAAGGUUUUGAGGAACGGGGAGCAGGAUAAGUCCAGGAUACUAACAGUCACGGGACCGGAUAUCGCAAGCAUGCUCAAGAAAACCUGCAGUGCUGCAAAGAAAAAGACUCAGCGGAGAAGGAGCCAUGAAUUACAGAUGAGAAAAAAUACACAGGAGGACAAUUCAAUUGAAGCACACCAAGUUGAGUUCAAGCAGUUCUUAGAGAGAUGCACCUCAAUGCUGGGACUGCCCUUUGCAGCCCGCAGAAUGUUUGAUGAAACUGGACAGGAGCAAGUUCUUCUGACAGAUCUCCAGAGGGAUCAGCUGGUGUAUGUGUCCUGUGGGGAGGCUUGGACAGAUCCUAAAGUCAUCUCUGUCGAGAAGAAGAAACGUCUCUGCCUUAAAAGUUUGACAUCUGAUGUUGCUCUGAUCCGCAAUUACUGCGCCAUGCGUAAUCCAGAAGGUUUGGUCCUUGAGGUUGUGGGUAAUCUGGUUGCUGGAGCCAAGUUGGCAUUGGGUGAAUGUGCUGUGUCCAUUGAUGGUGAAGAUAUCUGUUCUGAACCAGAUAAGCAAGCCCAAACUUGCUCCCUAACAACGGAGGAAGACCAUAACAGGGAUGAAAACUUCCUUACUGAUUUACUGGAUGCACAUACCAGGACACAUUUUCUCCUUGAUGCUCAGCAACCCAAAGGACUUUAUCUAUGGGAAAGAAAUUCAAAGGCAUUUGAUGAUGAUGAGGUCUCACAGCAAGAAGAUGGGAGAUUGUUUACAAACGUUGAUUUGUACAAUAAAUACAGGCCCUCAAAAAAAUCUCUUAGACCCCAAAAGGUGCAUCAGCAACAGUUCCAAUUCCAAGAUGGACAUAUCAUCAACUGUAACUAUCCUUGGCUUGUCGUGGGAGUUCCUGAGAUGAAUGCACAGGCAGGCGUGGAAGUGACAUUGGUGGAGAAGAAAGCUGAUGACAUCUUUCAACGAUGGAAGUUAUCAGAUGGAAGCAGGACGUUCCAUUUACUGGCCAAACCUGACCUUGUGCUCGCAAUCUCAAUGCCCCAAAUUAAACCAGGUAACAGCAGGAGUGUGAUGGAACUCCAGGGAUGUUCAGUUAUUCUUCAGAAAUUCAAGGGAUACAGCCACGGUGUGGCCAAUCAGAGAUGGCUCUGGGUACCAGAGAGGAGAGUACUAAGUGUGUUUUCUACCUCUGUAUUGGACAAUGAAGUUACCGCAGCAAACCAGGCCGGUGUGUGCACCUUCUCUAUCUGUGGAAGGCAGGAAGCAGAGCAACCUGGUUAUUCCUUCACUCACCCCAAAACAAAGCGGAGAACAAUGGUUUGUUUGGCCUGUGCCAGGACAUUGAGGGGAAAGAAUGUUAUGACAAAGCUGCAACUAGGUGCCUCAUUCAUCUGUGCCACAGGCUGCAAAGAGAGCCAUGUAGAAGAAACAGGACCUUUCAAGUGCCUCAGAGUUCCACAGGUUGACCUUUCCACUUCUGAAGCCAUAAAUACUUUGGGUCACUUGGAAGCAAAAGUAAAUUCCUUGCGGAUGGAGACAGCAGUGCAAACCAUCGCACGGGAUAUCUCAGCUGCCAAGACCCAGGCAGCAGUACGAAUCCUGGCCUAUCGAAACGGUGCUGAAAAUAAGAACGGUGAAUUGAUUAUUGGAACAACGUUUUCCUUGUUGCUUGCCCUGUGUACUGAAAGACUAAAGCUAACCAGGCCUGCUCGCAGACUGUACACCGCUGAUGGAAACCUGGUCUUGUCUAUUGCUGAACUGGUGACAAGGGGAAUCAAUGACACAUCACAGGAAAAAGAGCUGGAAUGGAGACAAGCUAAAGAAAACAAAGACGGGGCAAAAUUAUUGACUCCUGAAAGUGAUGACUUGGACAUCCGUGAAGACUUUAAAAUAAACCCAACCAUCAGAAACCCUCCUGAGGUCUGGGUGUCUUGUGGAGAGCCCUUUGUACCUCUUAGUGAAUUGAACAAAAGGCUGCGGCUCCAGCAAAAGCAUUGGUUGCAGAAAGAAAAAGUUCUCUCCGAUCUUGAUAAAAUGAAGCACAAAAUGCGUCACCUUCAAGGGAGACGAGUGGGAUCCAUGUGUCCUGCCAACAUGGUUCCAACAAAAUCUCCGAUACAGCCCGUUGUGGUGGAAGGUGGAUGGACGGAACCUUCCUCAGAGGAAGUGAAACUGAUGGAAGAUGUACAAAACAUGGAGAUGCAUCUAUCAGAAGUCCAAUAUAUGCUAAUGAAAGAACGGCCCUCGUUUGGCAGUAAGAUGGUUUCCAGUCAAAGGCUUCUUUACAGUCAACCAAAUGUCAAGAGAGUUCUGGCCUAUCUGAAUGGUGAAUGCCCAGAUCAAGGAGUGUUUGCAUGGGGCAAGACUAUUCCAGAGCUGCUGGAGAACUGCACAGCCCGCCUGAAGCUGCGAUCUGCAGCCAAGUGCCUCUACAGCCCUGACGGAGAGCAGAUCACCUCGUGGGAACGAGUCGAACGAGACAUGUUGGUGUGCGUCUCUCAAGGGGAGCCAUUCAUGACCAGAGCAGCGAGCCGCCAAAGCGUGGAGAUCAGAGCCAAUUAUGCACGAGUGCAAAAGGAAUAUGGGCAAGAUGCCACCAACAUCGUUGUUAGACCAAAAAUCAGCCUCAACGUACAGUCUGAGGCUCCCAGUCCAUUUCUGGCCCUUCUCCCAAGCAGAGAUAUUAAUGAAUGAACGAGACAGUGAAGAUUUCGGGGUCAAUCUGAUACAAUUCUGAACACCCAGACGUUCCUGAUAGGAAAAUGGACUUGUCAAAUUGCAGUGGAUUUUUGUCAUCCACCGUUUUCAAUUUCCCUCUAACACAUCAUCUUCAAAGUGCCACCUGAAAAGAACUAAGCACUCCAGAAAAACAUUGAACGGUGAACUGCUUGGCGACGAAACAAUUUGAAAGAAAAAGCUCCUGCACCAUUGUUGGUUGGUUUAGUAAAUAUUUUGAUUGUGGAGCAGAAUCUGCAAAGAUCAGUUUAGUGUGAUAAUGAACUGCAAAGUGUACGAUAUGGUUAGAUUUCAGAAUAAAUAACGAGGAAUCUAACCUGAAGGAAAAGCAAUAUAAAAUUAUCAUUUCUGUCUAAUAAUGAAAGUCAUGCCAAGACAAGUCAAGUUUAUUACCACAUGCCCAAAUACAGUGAGGUGCAAGGACAAUUGACAUAUUUAUGUGUACAAAGGAACUGCAGAUGCUGGUUAUA